GUACAAAUUAAUAUGUAGAUAUACCGUGUAUAUUUAUGUCAUAUUGAUUAUGUUUUCCGAUACGACGAGUCACAAAUCUUUGGUUUUUCUAGUUUCGUUUUUCAAGUAGGAAACAGUUAAACUGAUAUGGCAGACGAUAAAGUGUUAUCACUGCUGCUGAAUGCGGAGCUGGACUCGGUUGGUUUCAACAAAGGCGCAGUAAAACGUCGUGUAGAAAUGUAUAACAAACGAUCUGAGGCGAAAGCUGCGGCAACGCGGAAGUUAUUGGAAUGCGAUUACAUUGAAAAAAAUAUUGUUGGUAGCAGACGAGAUGGAAUCGCCAUGGAAACCAGUGACACUGAUGUCAUGCAGAUUCAUCAUGGUGUUACUUGUUCAUCAAAUGCCUUAGAUUUUGACAAGGAAGACGAAAAAUGUUGUCUUCUUUUAGAUUGUGAUGCUGCGCCACCUGGAUAUGCGUUUCUUACAUUGAACAAACAUUGUGACAGCAAUGGAAAGUAUUUUAAGGACAUAGAAAAUGCGGUUGUUCAUCGUAGAGACAGAAAGUACCUGUCUAGUGAAAAGUACAUGUCACUCAUGGAGAAACAGCAGACGGCAUCUCGACGAGGAUGGUUUGGAGGGAAUGUAGUAAUUGGAACAAGAAAAGGACCAGCUAUUCCAAAAACAUUGGAUGCUUUAGGAAUCGAAACCGAUCUUGUUGGCGCAUUUUCGUCGUCGUAUGAAGAAGGUCUUAAAAGAUGGAAAGACAAAGAGAGACCCUAUAAUUGGCCAAGCAAAACAGACGUGAGAUCAGCUGCUCAGUUGCCUGUUUAUGUUGUGGCAGUAGGAAAGCAUGGAACCACCGAUGAAGACCUGCAGUGGAGAAUAAGUUUUAACGCCGCUGAAAUGCUUUUAGUUCAGUCACUGAAUGACUCGCAAACCAAAGUAUUUGUGAUGAUGCGGCUUCUUGCAAAACAUGUCAUAACGCCGGUUUGUCCAGACAUAACAUCGUAUGUGGUCAAAAAUGUUGUGCUUCACCUUGCAGAACAAUUUCCACUCAAAGAGUUCAGAAGGGACACUCUUAUUGAUAGGUUUUUUGAUUGUCUGAAAUAUCUGCGAAACUGCAUAGAAAAACAGCGUCUUCCAAGUUACAUGAAUCCAGAAAGAAAUCUACUGCACAGAAAGUUACUGGACGCCAGAAUAGUAUCUGACACUACACGGACGAUCGACAACGUCAUGGAAAGAGGCAAAGAAACUUUGCUGUACUAUCUUACGAAUAAAAUGAGACCAGAAAAGAUAAGAAGCACAUACCCAAGGCUUGCUGAAGUUAAAGCAUCACUUGUCAAAGGAAACACUGAAGACAGAUUUGCGCAGAAAAAAGUUAAUGCUAUGACUCUGGACCAACUCACAGACCUUCAUGUGCAUGACAACAGUUGCACCUCUGAAUUGAUGUUGUUCCUACACGAGCUUUACUAUGUGUACAGACCUUAUGUUUCAAAAUACGGGUUCAAAGCCCUCAGAUCUGAUCUAAGCAAAAUACGUUCAAAGUUUGAAUCAGGUAGUGCAACUCUUCACCUUGAGAUAGAAAUGUGUACCGAUGAAGUUUAUGGUGAAGAUGAACAAGAUGAUGAACUGACCGGUAAAGACGGAAAAGCUUCUGACUCUCAGGAAAAUGGUGAUCAUGAAGAAGAUCCUAGAGAUUUUCAAGGUGCAAGUAAAGGAGAAGAUCUAGAAGAACCAAGAGUCAAUAGUCUUUCUGGUCAAGUGUGUAAAUAUAUUACAGUUUUGUCGUACACACUAUUGUGGUCAAGUAUUUUGAUAAUGAAAUUCAUGAUGUUGAACUUAUUUGAAGUGAUACACAUGUUAUGUUUGGUUUCGAUUUGGUACUCGUCGCGGCAGUAUGUACUGUAUGAAAAUACAUAUUAUAUCGACACUGUUGGACUGGUGUUAAUUGCACUGACUGGCUUUUCAUUCAUGCAGAAAAGGCUCGCACAAAUGAUUAAUAUAUUUUACAUAGCACUGCUGAUUUCCAUCUGGAGAAUGAACAUGUCAUAUUCUGACCCAUACACAUUAUACUUCCAAGAGCUGAUCGUUAUGUUGGAUCCACGGCAAACAGGGGUGCAUAACUUCCAUAAGACAAAUCUUGACUUUAACGAAGAUCUAUACGAUUUCAACACAGGAAGGACUAUGUUUGUGUAAACAUGAAAUGCUGGAAAAAGUGAUAUAAAACGCUAACGAACGACCUGAGUAAAAUUACUGAAAAAUGAUAGGUAAUAUGUUAUAUUUUAUAUAUAUUUUCAAUGACAUGUAUCAUUAAAAGAUAUUACAUGUACACCAAAAUAUUCGUCUACAGUUUUCGCAGUUACAGUGUGACGAAUGUGUCGUCUGCUGAAUUCAUUGCUUGUUAACAGUAAUCCAAAUUUUAGGGUGUCUUUGUGCACGGAUUACAAAUAACAUUAUUUUUUAACCACUUGUACUUGUAGCAUCUGAUGUUGCCUGAUGUAGAUUGUAAAUUCAUUUCAUAAAGCUACGCACUGUUCACAGGA